UUGCAUAUCGGAAUCUGGGCCAGAACUUGUGGGGGCCGCACAGGUACGGGUGUCUCUCAGGUAUCCAGGUGCGGAGCGUGGUGUCGGGUCCCUGCGCCGCUCACAGCCUCCUCAUCACCACCGAGGGCAAGCUCUGGAGCUGGGGUCGUAAUGAAAAAGGGCAGCUGGGCCACGGGGACACGAAGCGGGUGGAAGCCCCGAAGCUCAUCGAGGUGCUGGGGGGUGAAGCCAUUGUGCUGGCUGCCUGUGGACGGAACCAUACCCUGGCUCUCACAGAGAGCGGCUCAGUCUUCGCCUUCGGGGAGAAUAAAAUGGGGCAGCUGGGGCUGGGGAACCAGACGGACGCCGUGCCCAGCCCUACGCAGAUCAUGUACAACGGGCAGCCCAUCACCAAACUGGCCUGUGGGGCUGAAUUCAGCAUGAUCAUGGAUUGCAAAGGCAACCUCUACUCCUUCGGGUGCCCCGAGUACGGGCAGCUGGGGCACAACUCGGAUGGGAAGUUCAUUGCCAGGGCUCAGCGGAUCGAGUACGACUGCGAGCUGGUGCCGCGCCGCGUGGCCAUCUUCAUCGAGAAGACCAAAGAUGGGCAGAUCCUGCCCGUCCCCAACGUGGUGGUGCGGGACGUGGCCUGUGGGGCCAACCACACGCUCGUCCUGGACUCUCAGAAGCGUGUUUUCUCCUGGGGCUUUGGGGGUUACGGGAGGCUGGGCCACGCCGAGCAGAAGGAUGAGAUGGUGCCACGGUUGGUGAAGCUCUUUGACUUCCCGGGGCGCGGGGCGGCGCAGAUCUACGCCGGCUACACGUGCUCCUUCGCCGUCAGCGAGACAGGUGGCUUGUUUUUCUGGGGGGCCACCAACACCUCCCGCGAGUCCACCAUGUACCCCAAAGCUGUGCAGGACCUCUGCGGCUGGAAGAUCCGCAGCCUGGCCUGUGGGAAGAGCAGCAUCAUCGUGGCAGCAGAUGAGAGCACCAUCAGCUGGGGUCCUUCACCCACCUUUGGGGAACUGGGCUAUGGGGACCACAAACCUAAAUCCUCAACAGCCGCCCAAGAGGUGAAGACCCUGGAUGGGAUCUACACAGAGCAG